GCUCUCCGAUUGGCUAUCCUCAGGUGGAGUGGGCGGAGCCGAGCGAUGGCGGGCGCGUCGGUGAAGGUGGCGGUGCGAGUGCGCCCGUUCAACUCCAGAGAGACGGGACGCAACGCCAAGUGUGUGAUCCAGAUGCAGGGGAACACCACCUGUAUCUCAAACCCCAAACAGCUCAAAGAUGGAGCCAAGAACUUCUCAUUCGACUAUUCCUACUGGUCACACACAACGGCCGAUGACCCCAGCUUUGCGUGUCAGCGGCAGGUGUAUAAGGACAUUGGAGAGGAGAUGCUGCUGCACGCCUUCGAAGGAUACAACGUGUGUAUUUUUGCGUACGGUCAGACGGGGGCAGGAAAGAGCUACACCAUGAUGGGCAAACAGGAGCCGGGACAGGAAGGGAUCAUACCACAGCUGUGCGAGGACUUGUUCCAGAGAACCGGAGGAAACAAAGACCCCGACCUGACCUACUCUGUGGAGGUGUCCUACAUGGAGAUCUACUGCGAGCGGGUCCGUGAUCUGCUGAACCCAAAGUCCCAGGGGACUCUGCGUGUCCGGGAGCAUCCCAUCCUCGGCCCCUACGUGGAGGAUCUGUCCAAACUCGCCGUGACCGGAUUCACCGACAUCCGGGACCUGAUGGACGCCGGCAACAAAGCUCGGACGGUCGCGGCCACAAACAUGAACGAGACGUCGUCCCGGUCGCACGCCGUCUUCACCAUCGUCUUCACCCAGAAACGCCGAGACCAGAUGACCAGCCUGGACACAGAGAAGGUGAGCAAGAUCAGUCUGGUGGACCUGGCUGGAAGCGAGCGAGCCGACUCCUCCGGGGCCAAGGGAACCCGGCUAAAGGAAGGAGCGAACAUCAAUAAAUCUCUGACCACGCUGGGGAAAGUGAUCUCAGCGUUAGCCGAAAUGCAGAGCAAUAAGAAGAGGAAGAGUGAUUUUAUUCCCUACAGAGACUCUGUUCUCACCUGGCUGCUGAAGGAAAACCUGGGAGGAAACUCUCGGACGGCGAUGAUCGCCGCUCUGAGUCCCGCUGACAUCAACUAUGAAGAAACCCUGAGCACUCUGAGGUACGCCGACCGCGCCAAACAGAUCCGCUGCAACGCCGUGAUCAACGAGGAUCCAAACGCCAGACUGAUCCGAGAGCUGAAGGAUGAAGUGGAGCGGCUCAGGAACCUGCUGUUCUCCCAGGGCCUGCAGGAGCUGCUGGACAACGCUGUCAACAACAACAACAACAACAUCAGUCUCCCCGGUGUUGCAGGAAUGUCCUCUCCACUGCAGCUGGCCCUCACAGCCAAUGGGGUUCCACAAAAAAAUGGCUCCGCCCCUCCAGGCGGCGAGCCGGCGUCUUCCGGCGACGUUCCCACCGCCGACGGCGACCACCUGAUGGAGGAGGGCGAGGACGGAGAAGACGCCGCCGAGCCAAUCAGUAAAGAGGAAGCAGCCGAGAGACUGCUGGAGACAGAGAAGAUAAUCGCCGAGCUGAACGAGACGUGGGAGGAGAAGCUGAGGAAGACGGAGUCUAUUCGUCUCGAGAGAGAGUCCCUGCUGGCAGAGAUGGGCGUGUCCAUUAAAGAAGACGGAGGAACGCUGGGCGUCUUCUCUCCUAAAGGAACGCCUCACCUGGUCAACCUGAACGAGGAUCCUCUGAUGUCAGAGUGUCUCCUCUACUACAUCAAGGAGGGAUUCACCAGGGUUGGCCAGCAGGACGUGGACAUCAAGCUGUCGGGUCACUUCAUCAAAGAGAUCCACUGCGUGUUCGUGAGCGAGACCAACGAGCAGGGGGAAGUGGUGGUGACUCUGGAGCCGCUGGUGGGAGCCGAGACAUACGUCAACGGGAAGCAGAUCACCGACGCCGUCAUCCUAAAACAAGGUAACCGCAUCGUGAUGGGGAAGAACCAUGUGUUCCGGUUCAACCACCCGGAGCAGGCGCGGCUGGAGAGGGAGCGCAGCGUGACGGCCGAGCAGCAGGCGGAGCCCGAAGACUGGAACUACGCCCAGAGGGAGCUGCUGGAGAAACAGGGCAUUGACAUCAAACUGGAGAUGGAGAAGAGACUGCAGGACAUGGAGAUCCAGUACCGGAGAGAGAAGGAGGAGGCUGACCUGCUGCUGGAGCAACACCGACUGUAUGCAGACAGCGACAGUGGUGACGACUCUGACAAACGCUCCUGUGAGGAGAGCUGGAGACUGAUUUCAUCUCUGAGAGAGAAACUUCCUGCUAACAAGGUCCAAUCCAUAGUGAAGCGCUGUGGUCUCCCCAGCAGUGGGAAGAGGAGGGAGCCUCUGCGAGUUUAUCAGAUCCCUCAGAGACGGAGGAUCAGCAAGGACCCCAAACGGGUCACCAUGGAGGACCUGCGCAUGCAGGCGGUCAAAGAGAUCUGUUAUGAGGUGGCUCUGGGAGACUUUCGUCACUCCCGUCAGGAGAUCGAAGCGCUGUCCAUCGUCAAGAUGAAGGAACUCUGCCGCAUGUACGCCAAGAAGGACGCUAGUGAGCGGGAGAGCUGGAAGGCCGUGGCCCAGGACGUCUGCGACACCGUGGGCAUCGGCGAGGAGAGGAGCCCCCCUACGGAGGAGGGAGGGGGGGGCGGAGAGACGGGGGAGGGAGGGGAGAAAAAAAACGCCUAUGACCUGAAGGCUCACAUUGAUAAACUGACUGAUAUUUUAGAGGAAGUGAAGUUGCAGAACAACAUGAAGGACGAAGAGAUCAAAGCUCUGAGAGACCGGAUGAUCAAGAUGGAGAGCAUCAUCCCCGUUCAGGACGAGGACGUUAAUGGCGAAGAGGAAGAAGAUGGUGGCGAGUCGCCCCCGAGAGACGACGUCACGCGGCCGCCGGAGGUCCGAGUGAAGCGCCUGAUGGACGAGGACCCGGCGUUCAGGAGAGGGCGCCUCCGCUGGCUGAAACAGGAACAGCAGAGAAUCCUGAACCUGCAACAGCAGAACAUCACUAAGAAGCUCCGCGGACAGAACCAGACCCAGACCCAGGGUCAGACGUCCCCCGUUGUACCCAUCCACCUCCCCGGGACCGGCCGCUUCAUCCCGCCGCAGGAGUGCAAGCUCAAGUUCCCCUUCAAGAGUAACCCGGCCCACCGGUUGUCAUGGGGACCAGCCAACGCCGCCCUGCAGGCUCUGGGUCUAGGCGAGGGAGGGGGAGACCCAGGGGAGGUGCCGGAGGAGGGGGGGCGGAAAGCCUCUCCGUCGCCCCCGCCCGCUCUCCUGCCCCUCCCCUUCCAGGCUCCGCCCCCCCCUCGCAUGCGCACCCCUAGCCCCCACCGCACCUGGCAACAGCGUAACCAGGGCAACCAGGGCGGCUUCUUCUACCACAACAACCACCAAAACCAGCAGCAGUAUCAGCAGCAGCAGCAUCGCCGCCACCGCCGCAACUCCCUGGACCUCUCGGACCGCAGUAACUACGACAACGAGCAGCAUGGGCGAGCGAGGCAGAGGAGGGGGGCGUCGCCCGGGCCGGGGGGGGAGAGAGGAGGGGGGAGAGGCGGGGGAGGAGGAGGAGGAGGAGGGAGGGACAGAGACAGAGACGCAGGCUUCCACUACAACCCCCACCAGUACCAUCAGUUCCACCACCAUCCCUACUACAACCCCCACAAUGCACCAUUCCAGCCAGGGCCGCACCCCAACUACCACAGCCUGCCACGCCCUGGAGCUCCGCCCCCUCCCGCUGACAUGCUGCUGGGGCCAGGCGGGUGGGGCUUCAACACGCCGCCCAGGAUGAGACGCCAGUUCAGCGCACCAGACCUCAAAAACAACAAGGACACGCCCAUCUGACCUCUGAUUGGCUGCAGGGAGGACACACGGCGGGCCUGAUGCUGGAGAAAGAGAGAGAGAGAGUGUGUGUGUGUGUGUGUGUGUGUGUGUGUGUGUGUGUGGCUUCCUUCUAGCCUAUAGGACGCGUUAGCGUUCUGCCUUUGCCGUUCGUUAAACAGGAUGGAAGUUUAUUUUGUUGUUUUACCGAUCGCCAGACUCAAACAGAAUCUGCAGAUUUUAGCGGACUGUUUAUCUGAGUUGUAUUUUAAUUGAAGACUGCUGGUGCUGAUCGCUGAUUUAGAUCUCUGUGGCCUCGAUCAGUCGUUUAUAAAAAGGUUUUUAAAAGGUUAAAAGUUUAUAAAGAUCGGUGCCUUAAAGCUAAAGUGUUAGCUCCCGCGGCUAGCUGCUGUUAGCGGAAGAAGUCUUGCGUUGAAGCUACUUAAAGAUGAAGUACGUUGGUUAGUUUGAGUGUUAGCUCCUCUCUUUUAGCCGCUGGAGGAGGCCACACACACCCAGGAGGCUAACUAGCCUGGUUUAGAGGCGUGAGUGUUAGCUCAGUGGCUCUUGAGCCGGCUAAUUUGAUGAAGUGCUGCACAAGGGGGAGGGGGAGUAUUAGCCUAGCCUAGCCUAGCUUAGCUUUGCUUAGCUAAGGCUGCGUUUGCGUUGUUUAGGAGUUACAGAUCGUACGACUUCAGCAACGAGGAAGUAUUUAACACAGAUUAAGUUAACACUUAAGGUUAAUGUUUGCUUUUUUAAGAUGAAAUCAUGAGUUCAAGAUUUUAAAGUGUAAAAAUAUGCAAA